UCUAAUUAAAAACGAAAUAACGCUUAUUGCGAGUCGCGAUUUGCUUUUUCGAUUGAGAUUUAUUUAACCAGGAUGAAGUUUUGUUUGCAUACAAAUAUCACCAUCUCGCUGUAUUUCGAUGCAAGUUCAUCCCUUUUUCGCAAUAAGCAAGAUUUUAUCGCGAACGCAAUUACGCGCGUAAUUUAUGCAAAUAAUCAUGAGCCACGAUAAUUCUAUCUCAAAAUAUUUAUUAAUUUCUGUGUUUGCAAUAGGGACUCGAUCCCUCAGGUAUAUAUAUAAAUGGUUGAAGCUUCGGAUGAACAUCACAGUUCUUCCCGCUUCGAGAGUUGAUAGAAUAUAUAAAUAUAUAUUUAAUAUAUACAUCAGCGAUGCAUCGUCCACUUUGUAUUUUCGUGCUUGCGUUGUUCGCAGUGGGAACGCAAAGUUACGUGAUGUCUGAUUACGGGGAUAACGAAUUAUUGGAUUACGUGAGCAACAAGGAAGUUUAUAACCCGGAGAGUAGUGAAAAUGAGUUUUAUGUGUCUGAAAAUUCAAAUAGAGCAGAUAGACGACAUCUGAGCGAUUACACCUUAUGCAAUACGAUGUCGAGACAAAUCAAAUUCUCUGAACUUUACGAUCACGAUUUCGAGUAUUAUCCACCAUAUUUCAACAACAUCACUUGCGUUCCGAGCUACAGCGCGCUGAGAAAUCCCUUCAAGGAUCCAAUCCACGACACGGAUGACAACCUCUGCUACAAUUUGAAGAACGGAAAACAUUGCGAAACCAAAAUGAAGACCACGCACUUCUUCAAGCGGAGAAGGAACAGCUGCUGGGAGAAGCACACAGAAACGAUCGCGAUUGGCUGCAAUUGCGAUAUUUCCAUCAACAUCAACCCUUAGUCCAUCCCUGAAAAACGCUCCGAAACGCCAAAUAUCGAGGACCCUCUUCGUUUGUUAUAUUAA